AUGAGCGAAAUCACGCACCCUACCAUCAAGGAUGGUUGGUUCUCCGAGGCCUCUGACAUGUGGCCCGGUCAAGCCAUGACCCUCAAGGUCAAGGAAGUCCUCCACCACGAGAAAUCGCAAUAUCAGGACGUUCUCGUCUUUGAGAGUACCGAUCACGGCACUGUCCUUGUUUUGGACAAUGUCAUUCAAUGCACUGAGCGCGAUGAAUUUUCAUACCAGGAAAUGAUCACCCACCUCGCUAUGAACUCCCACCCCAAUCCCAAGAAGGUCCUCGUCAUCGGUGGUGGUGAUGGUGGUGUUCUCCGUGAAGUCGUCAAGCACGAGAGCGUCGAGGAGGCUAUUCUCUGCGAUAUUGACGAGGCCGUCAUCCGCGUCUCCAAGAAAUACCUCCCCGGCAUGAGCAUCGGCUUCCAACACCCCAACGUCAAAGUCCACAUCGGCGACGGCUUCAAGUUCCUAGCAGACUACAAGAAUGAAUUCGACGUCAUCAUCACCGACAGCUCUGACCCGGAGGGACCUGCAGAGUCGUUGUUCCAGAAACCAUACUUUGAAUUGUUGAAUGGUGCUUUGCGUGAAGGCGGUGUUAUUACUACUCAAGCCGAAAACCAAUGGCUCCACCUCCAACUCAUCACCGACCUCAAAAAAUCCUGCAAAGAAGUCUUCCCCGUCGCCGAAUACGCCUACACCACCAUCCCAACCUACCCAUCCGGCCAAAUCGGUUUCAUGGUCUGCUGCAAGGACGCUACUCGCAACGUCAAGGAACCGCUCCGUACCUGGUCUCGUGAGGAAGAGGAGAAGUUGUGCCGAUACUAUAAUGCGGAUAUUCAUCGGGCGAGCUUUGUGUUGCCUAAUUUCGCGCGCAAGGCUCUUGAGUAA